UCAAAAAGAAAAAAAAAAAAACUAAAAACACGAGGAAUAUAUCACCCCCAAAAACACUCCUACAAGCAGCAAACCACCACUUCCGUAAACUCUUUUUUCAAACUCUUUCCAAUGUCCGUCAAUAGUCACGCCGUCAUCGCCUGGGGUUCCGGAGAAGACGGGCAACUAGGAUUAGGAGACAACGAGGAGAAAGAAUGGGUAUCUCCGGUCACAUCUCUCGCUUCCGUCGCCGUUCGCUCCGUCGUCGCCGGUAGCCGUAACUCUCUCGCCGUUUGCGAUGACGGCAAGUUGUUUACGUGGGGUUGGAAUCAAAGAGGAACUUUGGGGCACCAGCCAACAACCAAAACGGAGAAUAUUCCGAGUCAGGUUGAAACUCUCAACAAAGUAAAGAUUGUUCAGGCAGCCAUUGGUGGUUGGCAUUGUUUGGCUGUUGAUGAUCAAGGCCGUGCUUAUGCUUGGGGUGGAAACGAGUAUGGGCAGUGUGGCGAAGAGCCUGAGAAGAAAGAUGAUUCUGGUAGGACUUUAAGGAGAGAUAUUUCGACUCCUCAAAGAUGCGCACCUAAGCUUUCGGUUCGCCAGGUAGCUGCUGGUGGCACCCAUUCAGUAGUGCUGACACGCGAAGGACAUGUUUGGACAUGGGGUCAACCAUGGCCCCCUGGAGACAUAAAACAAAUUUCAACACCUGUGAGAGUACAAGGUCUUGAGAAGGUUAAGCUGAUUGCGGUCGGCGCUUUUCACAAUUUGGCGCUUCUUGAGGAUGGAAAUCUUUGGGUUUGGGGCAAUAAUGAAUAUGGACAGCUCGGAACUGGGGAUACCCAGCCCAGAUCACAGCCGGUUCCUGUUCAAGGAUUAUCCGGCCUCAAAUUGGUUGAUGUUGCUGCUGGUGGCUGGCAUUCUACCGCUCUAACAGAUGAAGGAGAGGUAUACGGGUGGGGUAGAGGGGAACACGGAAGACUCGGAUUUGGAGACGACAAAAGCAGUAAAAUGGUACCUCAGCAAGUGCAGCUUCUAGCUGGAGAGGAUAUUAUCCAGGUGUCAUGUGGUGGAACUCAUUCCGUUGCUUUGACUCGUGAUGGUCGUAUGUUUUCUUUUGGCCGUGGAGACCAUGGAAGACUCGGAUAUGGUCGAAAGGUGACAACUGGUCAUCCAUCAGAAGUGCCUAUUGACCUGCCGCCACCAAAAGAUGAAGAUGGAGGACUAGGGCGGUGGUGUGCUAAAUACGUGGCUUGUGGUGGCCGACAUACACUUGCCAUUGUAGAAUGGCGAGCUACAGAGGCAGAUGGGUUGAUCUGAUGAAGGUUUUAUUAGAACAAUGUUGAGGAAUUGUAUUAUCUAAUAUCUAUGGAGUUAUUUAAGUUAAAAGUUUCCUGUGACCUUGUUUAAAGUUUUGUGAAACAAGUGGUUGAUGCAAUGCAGGUGUAACAUGUUUUCUUGAUCUUCAA